AUGUCUAACGACUUCUCGACAUCUAUUUGGGAAUGUAUGGAUGACACCUCCUCUUGCUGCUUAGGUUGCUUCUGCCCAUGGGUCCUUCAUUGUAAUAAUGCAACUUUAAUUGAAGGUAGAUCAGAUUGCUGCCGCCAAUGCUUAUGCUAUUUCACUGAAUUUAAUAUCAGACAAACAAUUAGAAGGCGGAAGAACUACGAAUAUAACUGCGUUGGCGAUUGCUGCACUUUAUGGUGCUGCCACGAUCUCGCACAGUGCCAACACAACCGUGAGCUUAAGAAAGGUAAUGGAAUACCACUUCCAGGCGAAGGCUAUGCAGGAUUCAUUGUUGUUCCAAAGAAUAAGACACAAGAUAAUCAAACCGGAGACCAGACAAUUGUUGUUAAUGUUAACGCUGGCUACGCUCCACCACCACAGGGCUACGCUCCACCGCCACCACAAGGCUACGCUCCACCGCCACCACAAGGCUACGCUCCACCACCACCACAAGGAUAUGCUCCACCACCACCACAAGAAUACGCUCCACCACCACCACAAGAAUACGCUCCACCACCUCCACAGGGAUACGCGCCACCACCACCACAAGGCUAUGCAGUACCACCGCCACCACCACCAGCUCCAGAACAUAAGAAGAAGAAAUCAUCCAGCUCAUCAUCUAGCUCAUCCUCAUCUUCAUCCUCUUCUUAA